AUGAAUUUGAGGAGCUUGUGGGAAAUGGACCCAAUGCCACUCUUAGUCCUCUUCGUUUUCCUGGGCCCCUCUCAUUCCCAAGCUCCCUGUGAAACCCAUAAGGUGACUAGCAAGCUAGAAACCAACUGUGAAUCCCUUGGUCUGAAAUUGGUGCCACUGAAGCUGCCCCCAGAAACUGCCAUCCUCCACCUCCAGAAUAAUAGCCUGAAAUCCUUCUCCACUUCUUCCCUCAGUCUUCUAACUGAACUCACUGAGCUCUACUUAGCUAAAAACCAUAUGAGUGUCCUGGUGGCAGAUGGGAAGCUUCCACUCCUCUCAAUCCUCGAUCUUUCUGAUAAUGACCUAAAGACCCUGCCCCCACUAGGGCUCUCCCUCCCCUCUCUUACCUUCCUUGACCUCUCCAGAAAUGCUCUAGAGUCCCUGUCUCCAGAAGCCCUGGCUGGCCUGGGUUCCUUAGAGAACCUCUACCUUCGUGGCAACAAGCUGAGCAGUCUGCCCCCAAACUUUCUGAAAGCAGCAUUCAAACUCCAGAAGCUGGAUCUGGCAAACAAUUACCUGGAACAUCUGUCAGCCGACCUGUUGGCAGAUCUCAGUAAUCUAAACACCCUCUUCCUACAAAAUAACCUGCUCUCUGUCCUUCCCCUUGGCUUCUUCGGGGACCAUCUCCUGCCUUAUGUCUUCCUUCAUUCCAAUCCAUGGAACUGCAGUUGUGAACUUCGAUACUUACGUCACUGGCUACAGGAAAAUCAGGGUAAUGUUUACCUCUGGAAGGAAGGUGUGGAUGUCAAGGUCAUGACUCCUGAUGUGAAGAGUGUACAGUGUGAACUUCCCUCAAGGACACCUGUCUACACCUUCUCUGCGAACUGUCCUGUCAGUGGGGAUAGUGACUAUGAUGACUAUGAGGGGUAUGAUUUUCCAGUUCUGCAACCUGAAACUACCAAUAUUCCAACCACCAUCUCCCUGGAACAUUCCACAGUGACCAUGAUCGAACCCACCACAUUCCCAAUCACCUCAGAAAAAAAAACAUUCCCAACUACCCCAAGGUCUGCUAUAUUCCCUCACAGCCAGGAAACAACUGUGUUCCCAACUAUUAUUCCAGAACUCACUACCUUCCUGAUCUCCUCAGAAGCUACCACACUUCAGAUCACCCCAGAAAAUACCACAAUCCCACCUACCCUACGGCCCACCAUAUUCCUUAAAAGCCCAGAAACUACUGUGUUCCCAACAAUGCCAGAACUGACUAGCUUUCUGAUCUCCUCAGAAGCCACCACAGCCCAGAUCACCCCAGAACCCACUACAUUCUCAGAGAACCUGGAAACAACCAGGUUCCCAACCUCUCCAGAAGCCACCACAUUUUUUAUAACCUCAGAAACCACCUCAGAACUUGUCGAAUUUCCAAUUACAGAUUCGGCUGUAUACACUUCUUCCGUGCCUGUUACCUCCUACAGUCUCUCUUCAACUUUAACCCUCCUGAAAUCCAAUAUUCUCCUACCAAAUGAAGCUGUGGCUCUAGGAAGCUUAGGUGAUCCCAGCGAUUCCUCCUCUCCUGUUUCCAUCUCUUGCUGCCUUCUCUCUCUGAGGUUCUACAUCUUUGGAAUAACUUGGAUUCUGGUCUCUUCCAUUGUUCUCAUUCUCAUUUUAGCUCUAGCUCAGCCCCCACCUCACCUGCUAAGGACCCAUACCUUUAUGGAGGAUAUCCCCAGUCCACGGGCCACUGUCCACCUUGAACUCCAAAAGGGGAAGGAGGUGAUAGUCCAUAGAGCUUGGCUCCUUUUUCUUGAGGGAUCAGUACCCUCUUUCUGCACUAGACUCUUUCUUUGGGUACGGUCCAAUGGCCGAGUGGGACCUCUGACUCUGAAGAGGAAACCAUCUGCCUUAAGCCUGGGGCGAGGGGAAGAACUGCUGGGAUCAGUCAGCAUCAGGUAUUCAGGUCACAGCCUCUGAGAAGUGUUCCUAAAAACAAACUCUGUCAUUCUUAGGUUCCUAGACAGAAUCUAGCACCCUGAAUGACUUAGGAAAGAUCAGUGUGGACGUGACAUGCUCUCCUGAAAUU